AGUCUUUGCAAUAUGAACCACUAAUUUUUCUUGACUGAUAGUUCUCCUAAUCUUCUUGUCUGACAGUUCUCCUAAUCUUCUUGUCUGAUUUUUCAUACCCAACAAACCAUUUUUCAGUUAGAUUUUUUCACAGUUUCUUCUUCUGAAGAAUAACAAUGAGAAGCGGAAAAUCAGAGGGUGGUGGUGCACUGAUUGCAUUCUCUUCUCUACUGAUUAUUAUUCCAUUUUUCAUCAUCCAAACUCAAGCAGCAUCAAGAUCACUACUUCUAGAAUCUAAAUAUUGUUCUUCUUCAUGUGGUGAUAUCCAAAAUAUCACCUACCCUUUUCGCCUAAAGGGCGAUCCAAUCAUCUGUGGCGAUCCUGACUACGAACUUUCUUGCGAAAAAGACAAAACAAUCAUGAAUUUCCACUCCGGAAUGUACUAUGUCAAGAACAUUUCAUAUGCCAUGCGUACAAUCCGCCUAGUUGAUGUCAACUUCACCAAUGGAACUUGCAAUCUUCCAUCCGCAUCUCUGUCUUCGGAUGAUGUGCGCAACGAUUAUCGUUACCAAGGACUACUUUUUUUCUCAUCCAUUAGUUUCGUUAACUGUUCUGCUACUAUUAAUGAUCCAACUUACAUAAUACUUCCUUGUCUGAGCAGAGGAAACACAUCCUAUGUUUAUGUUAAAUUUGAUAGUGAAUCUCUCUAUGACGUCCCCGUGGGGUGUUCGUACCUCUCAAUGAUUCCUGUAGAUUGGAAACCUAUUAAUACAGAUGAUGUGAAGAAGUUGUUGGCGGCUGGGUUCGAGCUUGGAUGGUCAGUUGAGUGCAGAAAUUGCCAUUUGUCCAAUCAAACAUGCUCUCUAAGUGCAUUUGAGUAUCCACUUGAUUAUAAUUGUUCCAAAGAUAAUCUGGUUGAGGCAAUACUUAAGGUUGUCGUCUCUGUACUUGUAUUACUUUUUGGGGUUAUAGCUCUUAUUGCUAGAUUUAUCAUCACUCCACUAGUUGUAAUUGUGUUCCUCAUCCAUAAGUAUAGAAAAGAAAGAAAGCCAGUAGAUAGAGUGGAAAAUUUUCUACGGAAUCAGCAAUCUUUGAUGCCCAAAAGGUACUCUUACAAUGAUCUAAUGGCAAUGACAAACCAUUUCAAGGAUCAAUUGGGGAAAGGCGGUUUUGGAUCCGUUUACAAAGGGCAUCUCCCAGGAGGCUUCUUGAUUGCUGUCAAAAUGCUCGAAAACACCAAAUUUAGUGCACAAGAAUUCAUCAACGAGGUCUCAACAAUCGGUAGGAUUCACCAUGUCAAUGUGGUACAAUUAUUGGGAUUUUGCUCAGAGGGGUCAUAUCGCGGUCUUGUAUAUGAAUACAUGCCUAAUGGUUCACUUGACAAACACAUCUUCUCGAAGGAAGGAAAGACUCAGUCGUUUACUUGGGAGAAACUCCUCGAAAUCGCUCUAGGAACUGCUCGAGGUAUUGAGUAUCUACACUGCGGAUGUGAUGUAUGCAUUCUUCAUUUCGACAUUAAGCCUCACAAUGUUCUUUUAGACCAAAAUUUCGUCCCAAAAGUAGCGGAUUUUGGGCUUGCGAAAUUUUACCCAAAGGAGUAUAAUCCUAUGUCCAUGAGUACCACAAGAGGAACAAUAGGGUACAUAGCACCUGAGUUGAUUUCAAGGAAUUUUGGAGCAGUCUCGAGUAAAUCAGAUGUAUACAGCUUUGGCAUGUUGUUGUUGAAAAUGGCUGGAGGAAGAAAGAAUGUUGAUGCAAAGGCAAAAAGCUCAAGCGAAGUUUACUUUCCGUCAUGGGUUUAUGAUCAUCUAACCGUAGGAGAAGGGGAUUUAGAGCUUGUGAAUGUGAGUGAGAUUGAAAUAGAGAUUGCGAAAAAGUUAUGUAUAGUUGGGCUAUGGUGCAUUCAAGUGAAGGCAUCAGACCGUCCAUCAAUGAUCAGAGUGGUGGAGAUGUUAGAAGGAAGCAUUGAUGAUUUGCAAAUGCCUCCAAAGCCUUACUGGUCUUCACCUCAACGUUUGUCGGUACAAGAGACCCAAUCAAACGCUUCAACAGAUUGGCAGACAUCCGAGUCCAUGGAGGAAUGCUUGUAUGGUGACAAUAAUAAUGUUUAUUCACACCAAUAUAUUGUUUAAUGGCAACAAAUGAUUGUAGUUUUCUUUCUUCUUCUGGGUUGGGGAGGUACAGUUGAACUACACAUAGAAACCGGUUUGUGUUCUCUGUCCGACUCUAUAACUGGUUUCUAUAUUUCUAGCAUUAUUGCUUUCGACAACAAUAAAAUGCAAUCAAAAUGUCCUUUUUUUCUUGGGAAUGUUUUUUUUUGUGGUUGAGCUCAAAUUUAUGCUCACAUUUGUCAAGUUAUUAUGCCCCAUAUAAAUUGCCUUGUCAUAUUGUUGUAUUUUUAUGCUGGUGUAAAGAGUUUCAAUUUGAGGAA